GUGUAAGACGUCUGGCCUUAGUACUUUGAGAUUCGGAAGGGAGAAAACAACUUAUUGUUACUUCACAGUUGCUAGCAGCGCCACAUCUCUCCCACACGAUUCCAUUGUUCGAAUUCUGAUCACCAAAAUGACGGUUCUCAUAACGUAUGCGGAUGAUUUCUUUGACAUGAAAGGCUCUUUGCAAGAGUUGCAAUGCCUCAAUGAUGCUGUGAAUAUAUGGGAUGGUGAAGGUCUAGAUGGGCUUGGCAAGAUUAUCUUUGAUGUGCUCGAUAAUCUCGUCAACAAUAUUUCAGAAGAAUACUAUCAUCGAUACAAAAGUGACAUACUUGAAGGCAUUAGAGAUUUGUGGAGAGAAACUUUUGAUUCAUGGAUGGUGGAAACAUGUUGGAGCAAGAAUGACUAUGUUCCAACAACUGACGAAUGUCUCAAUCUAGGGAUGAUAUCCAUUGCAGUUCACACUGUGGUCCUUAUCGUAUCAUGUUUUAUGAACCCUAAAAUACCUGAACACAAACUGAGACCAUCUGAGUAUGAAGACAUCACGAAAUUACUUAUGGCUACAACACGGAUGUUGAACGAAACUCAGAGCUAUCAAAAGGAGCAAUUAGAUGGAAAAAAUAAUUUGGUGUUACUCUACUUAAAAGAAAACCCUAAUGUUGAUAUUGAGUACAUAGUGGGAAACAUAAAAGAGACUGUGGAAAAGAAGAAGAGGCAAUUGGUUGAGCUUGCUUUAAUUGAUGGCCUCAAUGACUUACCAAAGUCAUCCAACUAUCUUCAUCUUCAAUGCCUCAAAGUAUUUCACAUGUUAUAUAGCUAUGCCAACAAUCGAUUUGAUACCGAAACAGAUUUAGUACCUUACAUAAAGAAGGCGAUCUUUGUUCCACCGAACCACCAUGUCUUGAUGCCAAUGAAAGGGAUGGAUAAGUCAAUACCCGUGUUACCCGACCCAUCUAGAUUGAAUAAGAAAUCGACAAUUUCUUCUCGGGCUUUUGAUGCAAACUUUGUAAUAGGUUUACCAAGAAUGCUCACUAAGCCGAGAUUUAUAAAGUCUACUUCAAAAUCUGCAUUAAAAGAAGGGGUUGUUCUGCCAAACUUCAGAAUUUGUUUCAUCUAGACACCAUAUGCACCUUCCCUUUCAUUAUUGUAAUUGUUUCUUUUUGGUUGUUUUGUCGGUGUUGGUCUUUGGUCAUGUAAUGAUCCGACAUAUUGUUUAUUUUCUCAUACUAUUUUGUGGUCUUGUUGUUUCCUUCUAUUUG